ACGUGGAUGGAAUUGCGCAGAAUGAUGUAAACAAAAAAACUCCAGCAGCGUGAAUAGUGAAAGCAUCAACUGUCAUGACGAAAACUCGAGUUAGUGCUACCACCGACUUUUUCCGUUUCGACUGAACUUCCUUUGCGUACUAAAAACAUAAAGAAGUUCCGCGCGUGAAAAUUGUAUUUUGACGCCUACUUUUACCCGCAUGGUGCUGUGAGUAAACACUUUUAUGCCUUCUAGUCCUCGGCGAAUUACUAAAUUAACUUUUACCUGAACUAACAACUUACGCAGAAAUGAACGUCACACGCACAAACUCAGAAGAAUAUGACAGUAUUCAGCUUUGUAGCAUGAGCGAACUGUUGGAGAUAUAUUAUCAAAUGCUGAAAUCAGAAAUGAGUGUUAUUGUGAAAGACAUAAAAUUAAAUAGUUUCGAUGGAAAAUUACAAGAUAAGUACUCAUCAUUAUUGGUAGAUUUUUCAAAGAAGCAUGAAAUAACGCCAUUUUCUCAAUCCCUUGCAGAGCUAUUAACUCUUCUCGAGUGGAAAAACGAGAGAAACAACCCACAAGUUGAGGAUUCUGCUGUUUAUAAUUCAUUGUUGCAAUUGGAAAGAGUUGCAAAGUAUACUUCAUCCUGGGAAUUGUUUGAGAAAGAAUGCACGGGUCCUUUAAUAGAUAUUUCGACAUUCGAGAUGAACAUGCUUGAGCAAAAUCUAUCUAUGUAUUUAAUAGACUUACUGCGAGGAAAUCCUACUCAACCGCUAUUUUUUCCAUUAAAAGAUUUUCAAAAGUCAGAAGUUAUCAUUAAAUGGAGAAUUUUAGAGAAGAUCGCAACCAUUAACAUUACUCCCCGUAAAACAAUCUACAAGCAAAAACUAACAGACGAAUUAACUAAAAGGAUACAGAAUGAAGUUCGUAAUUGGUUGCAGAAAGAGUUCCAAAGUUUGAAACUGACUGGAAAGAAUACGGCGUUAAAAGAUGUGGAAUCGUUGACAAAAAUCAUUAAGGAAUUGAGAUCUCAAGUGACGAUAUGCAUCGAUGUCGUCUCAGCCGAAGGAACACUUUUUGAAGCAGCGUCUUGUUCUUACCUCGACUGCGUCUCCAAAACAAUCAAUGAAGAGUUGCGACCAGUUUGUCUCAAAAUUAUGAAGGCAAUGGACAUUUAUCAAGAAUAUCACAAAACUUUUCACGUUAACUUACGAGAUAGCUGUGUACUAUCGCAUGCUUUAUAUCGACAACUUAAGAGCCUUGUUUACUGUUUACAUAUAGAAAAUAAAACAUCAGAAAAUAUGGACUUCAAAAAUUAUAGUAGUAUUUUUAUGAAGUUGUUCAUGAAUUUACUUCACGUAAUGAAAUCUGAGUGUCAUCAUAGAAUUAAAAGGGCUGUGGACGAAUCAAAAGAUUUUUACAAUAAGGAAGAAGGCAUAUUAAGUUCAUCUGUGAUUGUUUUGAAUUGCUUCUGUACGGUAAUAGAUGAGUGGAAACACAUGGAGAUUUCAGAUGAAGACCUUCAAAUUGCAUUUUUAAUUAAAAUAGUUGAUAUUAUUUGUGAUGGAGCAAAAAUUUAUGCAGAAUCCUUAGAUGAUAGAUUAGAAAAAAUACUGCAAGUGAAAGAGUUAGAGUUCGUAAAAAUGUCUCAGGUCUAUAAUAAGGCUGUAAUUUUAGCAAACAGCGUUGAUCAUGUUAGAGAGUUUCUUAAAGAACUUUCCAUAAAGAUGCAGUGGGAGGAAUCACUGUCUUUGCUGAAUGAUGCUUUAGACUGUACCAUGAAAAAGCAAGUGCUGAGGAUACUGAAUUUAGUGCAUCAAUCCAUGGAUAUUCACUUGGAUCAUGUCAUCAUGAAAAUGUUGGACGAUAUGUCUGACAACCUCGUUUCUGUCUGUGAGAAACAGUUGAGUUCAUGGAUGAAUUCCCCCUCCUCAGGACAAGCCUACGAGAGAAUACAAAUUUACCUGAAUGAAUAUUUAGAAAAUCUCAAGGAAACAAUUAGAGAUAAUUUAUUUCCGAAGUUCCUAUCUUUGUUGUGGUCAGCGGUCUUGAACUACGCACAAAAAAGGUUUUUAGAAGGUGAGCCGCCUGAGUAUGCAGAAUCUCUGAAAAAAGAUAUCGAGUACUUCCGAGAAUACUUUCUAUAUAUAGGCAUGUUAGAAUCAGAUUCUUACAAAGCUGUGUGGCAACAAAUAAUGUCCUUAAUAGAUUUAAACUCAAAAUCCACUGUUGAUUUGCAACUGGAUUACUAUACACACAUUGCCGAAUCGUUAGUCUCUCCUGUUGAAUAUCUUGGUCACAUAGCAUUCCAAGCUGGUUACAAGAUAACUGGACAAGACACCAUCGAUUUAUACAUUAACGUGCAAAAGGGUCAACGACUACCAGCUAGAAGCUUCGAGAUGUCUGAACUCCAUGUGAAAUUGGCGUUGUGCCCGUCUUCUAUGUUCCCAAAUCACGUGCCUUUAAAAACUGCCAUCGUGACAGAAGAUUUAGACAAUCCUGUAUUUAACGAAUUAUUUCAAUUCUCAAAACUCCCAACGAAAGUUCUGAGUGUGAAAGGAGCUGUUGUACAGGUCCAUGUUUUAAACCAAGACAGCUCAUACAGUGCCGAGGCUGUGCUGUUAUUGAAGCAAGUACAAAACAUGAGUGGAUUUACUUCAUUGGAAUUUUUACCUGUAUAUUUAAUGCCACUUAAAAAGUUCGAAAUGAGUGAAAUUUCUUUUCAAGUGCUGGAGAGUCGAAGUCGUUGGGAUAAAAGCGCCAAACAUUUCAUAAACAGUCGUAUGAAAACGAAAGGACAACAAAAAACAUUACUGAGUUGUAUUCCUGGAAAAAACUCAUGUUUUCUGUGAUAUUGAGACACGUUUUUCUUAAACGGAGUUUUUAAAAUUAUUUUUUUCAUUAAUGGUAUUGCAAAUACAUGAAAUACAAAUUGUUUUUAUAAUACAAACGAAUGUUGAAUAAAGUUUUUUUUAGUAGUU